AUGAGUAAUUUGGCGGAUACUCCUUCCAACGCUUCGGCCAAUAGCGAUGCCCUGGAGCUGGAGGCGGCGGGAUACCAGCAGGCUAUGCCUCGUCGGUUCUCGCUGUGGUCUCUUGGUGCAUUGUCCUUUACCCUGACUUGUACUUGGCUGGGAGCCGGAUCUUCAGUUGGUAUCAGCUUGACUGAAGCCUCUUCUGCUGGCACCCUGUGGUCCCUUCCGAUCGCUGGAGUCAUGACCACGAUCGUCUCUUUGGGUAUGGCGGAGCUUGCAUCCGCGUAUCCAGUCGCCGGCGCACAGUACUACUGGUCAUUUAUGGUGGCAAGAGAAGACUACAAGCCCUUUGCGUCUUACCUGAACGGCUGGAUGAGCGUCAUCGGCUGGUGGCUCGCCUCAAGCUCAGUCUCCAACUUCGUAUCAUCCAUGAUCCUGGACAUCGUGGGUGCAUGGUAUCCAGACUGGGAUCAAAAGCGCUGGCAUCAGUACCUCAUCUACGUCGCACUCAUCUGGAUUGCCACAACUGCCAACAUCCUUUGGUCACGAUGGAUUCCUCUGUUCAACAAGAUGGUCUUCUUCCUGUCCAUCCUGACUCUCAGUGCUACGACCAUCACCCUUUUCGCCAUAACGAAAAAUCAUGCUUCGGGAAAAUUCAUCUUUACUGAUACUACUAACAGAACAGGCUGGUCAAGCGAUGGGUUUGCUUUCAUGCUCGCUGUUGGAAACGCGGUGUACGCCUUUUUGGGUAGUGACUGUGGUGCUCACCUGUGUGAGGAGAUUCCAAACCCAGCAAAGAACGUGCCCAAGGUCAUGAUUUAUCCGUUGCUUAUGGGCCUGUUCACUGCUUUUCCCUUUGCAGCUUCGCUUAUGUAUGCUAUCUCGGAUGUUGAGGCUGUGUUGACCACGAGUACUGGACUACCCUUGUUCGAGAUCUAUUUCCAGGGAACAGGAUCUCGGUCUGGGGCAUCUGUUCUCAUGGCUUUAUUUGCUUUCUGCUUCUUUGCGAAUCUUGUCGCCAACGCUACAACUUCGUCGCGAACACUCUGGGCAGUGUCGCGUGAUGGCGCGUUGCCCUAUUCGCAAUUCUGGGAACGGAUUUACGGCCUCAUCUUUCUUGGCUCUUCCACUGCCUUCUCAGCGAUGGUCAGCGCGGCCAUCAUCUUCCUCCAAACGUCAUGCAUCAUUCCUCAAGCAGUCCUCCUUUAUAGAGGACGCGAAAAAGUCUUGCCACUGCGAUACUUCAGCCUGGGAACGUUCGGUGCUUGGAUCAAUGGUAUUUCGGUUGCCUGGGUCGUCUACCUCGAUAUUCAAUAUUGUUUUCCGACCGUGAUGCCUGCCACGGCGGAGAACAUGAGCUAUGUUUCUGUGGUGUUCGUUGGACUGGUGGGCUUUGUUAUUGUUCUUUGGCAUACUACUAAGAAGGGUACCUUUACUGGACCGCGGAUCGAUCUUGAUCUAUUGAAUGCGCGACGGGUGGCAGCUGUUGGACCUUUGGAGGGGCAGAGCCCUGCUGAGUAUCAUGCUUUGAGAACUUCUGAGACUGGAAAGCAAGACUAA